AUGCGCGACCAUAUCAUUCUUGCCGCGAUUUUCUUCGCGUUUUUUCAAUACUGCUAUUCUUUUUCGGCUGGCGUAGAAUCAAUUAAGGCGGUGGGACUCCUUGGCUCUCAUUUCGGCAUCCCGGGGCUCAACGCUACAUAUGACUUCGUGAUUAUCGGAGGGGGUACAGCCGGCCUAGCGGUUGCCCGUCGCCUUGCCGAGAAUUCUUCUGUAACUGUCGCCGUCAUCGAAGCUGGUGACUUCCCACAAUUUAGCAAUGGCAAUUACUCGGAGGUUCCCGCAUAUGCAUCUGAGUUUACAGGGAACAAUCCGACCGAGAAAAAUCCCUAUCUCGAUUGGUAUAUGUAUACGACGCCCCAAACGACUCGGAGCUCUUCAUUGGAGUACUUUAAAGAAGCACUGGUGGAAUCCAAUAAUGUGGUCUUGUACAAAUCUACUAUGGCAAAGAAGGUCAUAUUCAAAGAGAAAAAAGCCAUAGGUGUGAUGGUCGAAAGUGGCGGGGAGAAGUAUCACAUCACUGCAAAGAAGGAGGUGGUGGUUUCUGCCGGUGUGAUGCGAUCUCCCCAACUGUUAAUGGUAUCCGGGAUUGGACCAAGCGCCACUCUCAGGGCUUACGGGGUUGAUGUGAUUGCCGACCGGCCAGGCGUUGGUCAAAACCUCUCGGACAAUGUGCUGGUGGGUCCUACCUAUCAAGUAGAGGUGACUACCCAUAACAGCCUCGCUGAUCCAGCAUUCCUGGCCGAUUCCAUCAAUCAGUAUAACAUCAACAGAACCGGAAUGUUGACAAACGUUGGCGGCGACGUUUCUGCAUUCGAAAAACUUCCACUAGAUAUGAUUAGCGUAUCGACGAUGCGUGCCCUCAACGAAUCAUUCCCAGAGGAUUGGCCACAUAUUCAGUACCUUGUUUUGGAUGAGUACUUUGGCUCAGGAACCGACAGCAGCUCUGGCCUCAAGGACAUGAGGCAAUACGUAGCCGCAUCCGUCGGGCUUGUCGCUACGUUCUCCCGUGGCAAUGUGACAAUAACUUCCGCAGACGUACGUGAGAAUCCAGUUAUCAGUCCAAACUGGCUUGCCGAUCCUCGAGAUCAAGAAGUUGCUAUAGCAGCCUUUCGCCGUGGGCGACAGCUUUUUCAAACUGCCUCGAUGAACCCAGUUGUCGUUUCUGAAGCAUUUCCGGGUGCCAACUACACAUCCGACUCGCAUAUUUUGGAGAUUAUACGCGAGAGCGCUAAUUCGGUCUAUAAUGCAGUUGGCACCAAUCGUAUGGGCAGAAAGAGUGACCCAUGGGCUGUUGUUGACAGUCGGUGCAGAGUCAUUGGUGUUCAAUCGCUGCGGGUAGUUGAUGCCUCCGCCUUCCCCUUCCUUCCACCCGGCCAACCAUCAGCUACAGUUUACGCUUUGGCUGAAAAGAUCGCGGAAGACAUGCGUGCGAUCUCUUGA